AUGAAAGUCGCGGUAUUUGGUGUGCAAAAGUAUGAUGUCAAAUCGCUCAACGACAGCAACGGUGAAGAUAGCGACGUGAAAUUCUCGUUUUUCGACGCGCUCCUCGACGAAAAGACAGCCAUCCUAGCCUGCGGUCAUGACGCGGUGUGCAUAUUCGUCAACGACAUCUGCGAUGCUGGUGUGAUUGAACAGCUCGCCGGGCUCAAAGUACGAUUCAUCGCCCUUCGAUGCGCAGGCUACAACAACGUCGAUCUCGCGGCCGCCGCGAAGUUCGGUAUCAAAGUCGCUCGAGUUCCAGCGUAUUCUCCUGAAGCCGUGGCAGAGUUCACGGUUGGGAUGAUUAUGACUGUAGUCCGGAAAUAUCACAAGGCCUACAACCGCGUACGCGAGGGCAACUUCCUCCUGGAUGGCUUGCUGGGGUUCAACAUCUCCGGGAAGACCAUAGGCCUGAUCGGAACGGGGAGGAUUGGCCUGUUGACUGGCAAGAUCCUUGCGAGAGGCUUCAACGCCAAGGUGGUUGCGUACGAUCCCUAUCCUUCGAAUCUUGCCGAGGAGUAUGGCAUAUCCUACGUGGAUACCCUCGACGAACUUUUCGUUCAGUCCGACAUCAUCAGCUUGCAUUGUCCCCUUAAUGCUAGUACGACAUACAUCAUCAACGAUGAUGCGAUCGCGAAAAUGAAGAAGGGUGUCGUGAUAAUCAAUACCUCGCGAGGUGGCUUGAUUGAUUCUUACGCGUUGAUUCGAGGACUAAAGAGCGGCCACAUAUCUGCUGUUGGGUUGGAUGUUUACGAAAGAGAAUCGUCAUACUUCUUCGCGGAUUCCAGCGCCAAAGUGAUCACCGACGAUACUUUUGCUCGGCUUCUUACUUUUUAUAAUGUGUUCAUGACUGGUCAUCAAGCUUUCCUCACCAAGGAAGCUCUCGAGAACAUUGGUGAGACGACGAUCAAGAACUUACGUGACCUUGAACGCACCGGAACUUGCCAAUUUAUCGUGGAGAAGUAA